CAGCUUAUUAUAGUUUACUGGGACUAACAACCCCUGGACAAAUUUGGAAAAGAAAUUCUGCAAAGUGGGUGGUGCUUUAAGGAACAAUGAGACACAGCCUAGUGUGGGGCCACAUGUAGAGGGGAUAAGCAAGGCUGUAGUAAGCGCCGUUACCAACUUGGUACUUUGUGGUUAUAGUUUUCUCCAAGUUGCGCUUAAGAAAGUAUGAACAUGGGCAAAACUGAGGAACUCUAUCAAUCAACCAACUGGAUAUUAAAGUAUGUCACCGGAGAUUUGUUCUCCUGUCCACGCGAUGAAUCCUUGGCCCACUGCAUCAGUGAAGACUGUGGCAUGGGAGCAGGCAUAGCGGUGAUGUUCAAGAAGAAGUUUGGUCGAGUCUCAGAGUUAAAGGAGCAGAAGAAGCUUCCGGGGCAGUGUGCUGUCCUGACACAUGAUCAACGUUUCAUCUACUAUCUGAUCACAAAGAAAAAAGCCAGCCAGAAACCCACGUAUGUCAACCUAAGACAGAGUCUGGAAGACAUGAAAUCUCGCUGCUUAGAAAAUGGUGUCAAUAGGAUAUCAAUACCUCGAAUUGGCUGUGGCCUGGACCAGCUGCAGUGGUCAAAGGUGUCAAAGAUCCUGGAACAGAUCUUUAAAGAGACAAAUAUCUCCAUCACAGUGUACAGCCUGCCCUGUGUUGGGUCAAAGCUUCAAAUGCAUGACGUGUAGUAC